AUGAUGUCCAUGGUUACCACGCGGAAGAGAAAGGAUGUCGACGUUGCGAAGUCGAGUUCCGACGAGAAAAGCAAAGUCCGCCUUGUCGAACACUCCUACGACGGUUUGCUCGAUGGCACGGGUAAGCCGCAGCGGGGUGUGCGUACUCUGAACAACAUCCGCCGAGGGGGCGUGAAGAUCAUGUCCAUGUUCCGCAGUACAAAAGGUGCCUACCCCCAAGACCAAGCUUGCACGUCGUCUCACUGGUCACUAGGUUCUGUGCUCGAUGCCAACGCCGCGGUCGUGGCCUGCAAGACCUCCUCGGACACAACAGACGAUACGCAACGUCCAGAUGCUCCUCGAUCCCAAGACCUACACACCGUUCGAAGUCCUAGCAUGCAUAGCAUCCUCAAUACUGCCCCUAAGCUUACCUUGCGUCUCUCUGAAUCCUCACUUACUCAGCUCACCAACCCGGCCGUCUUCGAUGGCGAAUCUGAGCCUACCACAGGUUCAAGAUCGUUCGAGCAUGCAGUAAUUCACACGAGCCGUUCUACGCCCGGCCUCUCCAAACAGCUGGCGCUAAAGCUCUCAAAUGCACUCGCGCCCAACUCCACGGUCAUCUAUCGACCCAAGCCCAGUUCCAGACCCACCAUCCUGACAAAGGAACAUCGAGCUGACCUUCCAAACAUCAAAACACCGCCACCAGAUCGCAUGGAUGACGUAUCCCCACUUCCAUCACAGUUCUCGAGUGGCCCCGAGAGCAGUAAUGGACCGUUGAGCCAGUCUACCGCACCUACUUCCAUUGUAUCUUCUGGAGGUCCUGUGUCGGCGGAAAUUACGCACCGAGCAGGGAAUGAGUCCACGCACGCACCUCUUCUGAGUUCGCACGUGGAACAGCAAGUCACAGAUCACUGCGCAUUACAUUGGCUGGAAUUUCCUCGUCAGGAUGCUCCACGUCUGAUCAAGCCAUCUGUCGCUACGGUCGAAAAGGCUGCUGCAGCCAAAAUCUACUUCGAGGCCCACUUCAACCAGCUACUGGCAACACAAGUCUCACCUCGAUCUAUGCGCCGCCGCCAACUCGAACGUAAGAUUUUUGCUAUGGCAUUGCCAAUUGAGCAACGGCAGUACAAGAGACAGAGAUGGUACCUGGCUGAGAGCCAGCAUCUUCGCCAAACACGCGUUAUGAAGUCCAAAACCAUCGCGAGGCAGAACAUAAAGGGCGUUCACAUCUCAAACUACGACAUUGUCAGAGUCCUGGGCAAGGGGAGCUUUGGAGUUGUCCGACUGGUCCGCGAGAAGAGUGACAACACCGGCAGUUCCAGCGGCAGCAGCCCGGAGGCCGCGGGCCGCAACAGCGUCCCUGCUUCUCAGCUUGCUCCAAGACCUCUACCAGUGCGCAAAACUAAACAGGUCUAUGCUAUGAAAGUGAUCAGAAAGUCGGACAUGCUUCGAAAUAGCCAAGAAGGGCAUUUGCGAGCAGAAAGAGACUUCCUGGUUGCGUCCGAGAAUUCACGUUGGGUGGUUCCUCUCGUGGCCUCGUUCCAGGACAACAAUAACCUUUACCUCGUCAUGGAGUACAUGAUGGGUGGCGACUUUCUUGGUCUGCUUCUGCGAGAAGACAUACUCGACGAAAACGUGGCGAAGUAG